AUGCUAGCCAUUGCUGCAUUUCAUGACUAUGAAGUAUGGAAGAUGGAUGUCAAAACCGUCUUCCUUGACAGGAAGUUGGCUGAGGAUGUUUACAUGGCUCAGCCAGAGGGGUUUAUCGAUGCGAAGCACCCUAAUAGAGUGUGCAAGCUUGAGAAGUCCAUUUACGGACUAAAACAAGCAUCUCGCAGAUGGAAUCUUUGUUUCGACGAGAAAGUCAAGGAGUUUGGUUUUCUGCGAAGCGAGGAUGAAUCAUGUGUAUAUGUCAAAGCCAGUGGGAGUAUAGUAAGCUUCCUCGUAUUGUAUGUCGAUGACAUACUACUCAUAGGGAACGACAUCCCGACGCUGCAGGAAGUAAAGUCAUGGCUUGGGAAGUGCUUCGCUAUGAAGGACCUCGAAGAGGCUGCCUAUAUUUUGGGAAUAAGGAUAGUGAGAAACAGAAGUAAGAGACUAAUAGGACUUAGUCAGAAUACUUAUUUGGACAAGGUGCUAAAACAUUUUAGUAUGGGAGAGUUACCAAUCCAAAGUAAUGCCAAAUUGAGUAAGACUCAGAGUCCAAGUACCGAAGUCGAGAUAGCAGAAAUGAGUCGAGUACCUUACGCUUCCGCAGUUGGCUCAAUCAUGUACGUUAUGACUUGUCCUCGCCCUGAUGUGGCCUUCGCUUUGAGCAUAGUCAGCAGAUAUCAGGGGAACCCUGGAAAAGCACAUUGGACCGCAGUCAAGAAUAUUCUUAAGUACCUUCGAAGGACCAAGGAAUGGUUUCUAGUCCUCGGUGGGAGUGAUGACUUAAGAGUGCGAGGGUAUAGUGACGCCAAUUUUCAGACCGACAGAGACAACUACCAUUCGCAGUCGGGCUGGGUCUUUACCUUAAAUGGAGGAGCAACGACUUGGAAAAGUUCCAAGCAGGAGACCGUAGCUGAUUCAACGUGCGAACCAGAGUAUAUAGAGGCAAGCGAAGCGUCAAAGGAGGCAAUAUAG